AUGUUCAAAAAGAUGUCCGAAUCCGCUAUUGAGCAAAUUGGCUUUGCCUACCUGAUUCACUGCUUGAAACGCAUGCUAUGCUCAGGAUAUGCACGGCAGAACGAUCGCUUUAAUGCCCAAGAUGCACGAGAUAUCCAACUGGACUGUAAUGGCAGGAGGGGACCGAGCUAUGCAAAGAAACUCAACGACGAGUAUGCGAAAUUGAUCCAGGGUAUAUUGGGGGAUGGUGGGGUUAAGCUUCUGCUUCAUGUCGAUGAGCAUGGCAAAAUGGAGAAGAACCCAUUUUUUCGAAGAGGUGCCCUUGUGAGGGCAGCGGGGAAUGAAAGAGUUGCUGUGAUCGCCACGUUUACUGAAAAGCCGCCUGCGCUUAGCGUAUCUAACGUGAACAGCGAAUCCUCAGAGUGUUGUGGUGUCCCGUGCACAUUGCCCCGGCCGGACAUGGAGAAGCUCACAUCAGAGGAGUUUCAAGGCUACCCAAACAAGAAUCCCCUGCUGGUGCCACGUGACAUUUUGGAAAGCCAGGACACUGAAGUCAAGCGCUAUUUGGCAUCACUAAGGAUUUCAUUGGGAAUAGCGCUGGAAGGAGAUGGCUCGCCGCCGUGGAGUGUCGCUCUAUUUGGUGUUGUUGGUGUGAGUUUGGGCAACCUUCAUUUCCAAAAUGAGGCUGCGGUUUUCUUUAAGACGUUGAGGCACCUCCUGACAGAAACGAAUCGAGCGGCUCGGUACCGGGUCCCCUUGUCCAUGAGCGACUUCAAGGUGGAUGAUGACCAAAGAGGCCAAAGACUCCACAACCUGUCACUUUUCAUGAAGGAGCGGGUCGUUCCUCGUGAGCUGGAUCUGCGGAUUCCUGAGCCUGUGAGCGCCGACAAGACAGAGGUCACCCUACAAGAGAGGCUCCUGGAUGCGAUCAAAUUCUCCCGUUAUCAUUGGGACUUUGAGGGUAGAAAGGGAGCAAGCGAGCGAUUGCUGCAAUUCUUAAAUGGUAUCCCCGUCCAAACAUUUUAUGAUGGCAGCAGCGAUGCGACUGGGCGCCGGAAACAUCACCCCAAGGACGCUCCUGGUGGAAUUCUGGCGACUCAGGACAUAAUUACAUUGCCUGUUUCAUCCUUCUUUCAUCAUCUGCCAAAGACGAAAAGGAGAUUGUACGAGGUCCAGAGCAAGCCGACUUUUGCUCGAGCAAGAUCUUGGAGCGGGCCUACCUCUGGUCGCUUGCCAUUGGGGGCUUCAAUGGCACCGAAUUUUCGAGUGUAG